AUUAUUAUUUGCCUGCCAGUGACAGAGUGUCGCUAACCAGCUGCGUUUUUUCUUUAGGCACAAACAGCACUCACGUCACUCCCCAGUAGUGGCCCCGUAAACCAUCAACCAUCCAUCGCCUGAGUCAACAAGCGAAACGAGCUGCAUUUCGUAUCGCACAAAGCCCCUCUGCACCUCUGCACACCUCUGCAGCUCAGCUCCUGUGAGACAUCGGCGUUCUCAUGGGAAUAUUUUGAUCGAUCCACACCAUCGGCACGGUCAGUUGGAUAAAUAGGCUGCAGGGAAAAGAUCAAACACCAAGGCCCGGAAAUCCUGGCUACUUGUGCCUGUUUCGAGCACCGGCCACGAGUCUAAAAUAAUUCCUGCGUAAGGCCACGACCGCCCACACGCCCACGCCCACAACCAGACUCUCUCUUCUGGAGACCAAUCUUGUACUACUUUCACUCCUACAAGAGACCAAGCAUUGCUACACCACGGAAGAGUCACGGCGCCCCACGGCAAGAUUGUGCAGCGAGCCUCAUUCGGACUUCUGACAGGUUGACAGAACCAACCCGCCCUCAUCAUCGCCGCCGCUGCCGCUGCUACCGCGUUGAUCUCCUCGGUGCUCGCCCAGUUAUACUGCCGCUUGCGCCUCUUAGCCCUCACCCUGUCCUGACCCUCCCACGCCCUCUUCCCCCUUCCACAUUUCUUCCGCCUGAAGUCGGACCCCUCCAUAUUCCACCUCCCCCUCGUGUUCCAACUCAUCCCAACUCAUCCAAAUCCAUCCAUAUCAGCAUUCUGUUGCCUCAUACUCAUAUCGACCUGACUGGCGCCUCAUAAUCCCGCAUCCUGACGCUGCGUUGUUUGCUUCUGGUUCCCCCUCAAACCCCUCUCGACCACAACUUCACCAGCGACCUUUCGGUGUCUACCAGUCAAUUCAACGAUAGCUCACCACAUCUUUCACUCCACUUCCUACCCAAAACACACCGCCUUUGCCUUUUCUAAAUCACUACAAGUCCGAUAUCCGUCACUAGCAGUCCCCAUUGGCCACCCGUCGCUUAUCACUCCGUCGCCGACAUCCCAAUCGAGUCAGACCCAGACCUCCUUUCCUCCCCUCCUUUCCUCCCACUGAUCAUCCAACUUCGAAACCCCCUCUUCUCGGCGACAACAGGCCUCAUUCGCAGAACGCGCAACACGCCUGCCCUUGUCCGCGGAUGCAUUGCUAAGCUCCUAUUGCAUUCGUCCGUUUUCCUCGACUCCCUGGUUUAAGAGUCAUAUCAACUCGAAGGCCGCGACUCUGGUCAUAUAAAAACAUAUUUCAUCCGGCUGUGCAUGAGACAACCGCCACUGUCGUCGCAGAUCUGCUUUUGAUCUGCUCGUCAAUUUCGAAUCAGGAUACCAUCUCUACGUUUCUAUUUGGCCGAUGGUGAUGGCCACUUGAUUGACUACCUGACCAAGUUUUCUUGUGCCAGCCCACCGCGAUCCCUGAUAUCGAAAACCCUUACCGCCGCCACCUCGAAUCCCAUCCAGCCCACACAAUGGCCAACUCAACGGGCAAUAUACCCUACAUCAAGAGCGAACCCGAUGAGUUCGGCAACAAUCCCAAUCGUUACAUGCAAACUCAAGCCUCCAACUUCGGUUCAUCACAAGGCUUUGGCAAUCAGUUCUCCAACCAGCAAGACAGCGGCAGCAUUGACCCGUCAGCAUUGUCGAUGCAGAACAACAACUAUGGUUUGAAUUAUAAUUUUGGAGGCGCCAACAUGGCCUCAAGCUAUAGCGUUGGCAAUGCGGCAUUGGAUGACAGUGAAUUGCUUGAUGGUCUGGACUUUGGGAGCAACGGUCAAAACAUGAUGGACGAGUUUACGACAAUGUCACAACAGAACAACAACCAGCGAAUAAAUAACGCGAUCCCCAUGAAUCAGGCCAUGUACUCGAGCACUCCUGAUGGGCCUCCGAUCCAAAGCCCAUUUCUGGGGAACUUUGACUAUACCCAGUUUCGGCCAAUGAACUCACUUCCGCAACACAUGUCACCAAUGCAAGGGGGUCAAUUCGGAAAGCGACCCGGCAUGCAAUCGGCGAACCGAAAGUCAUCUGACCAGCGAUCUCCUCUCACACCUCGGACAGCGGCGAUGGCAGGUCUUCAAAUAGGAACUCCUGAAUCUGGCAGUCUCGCCAAUGGCCGGCCGAUUCGAGCUCCAAGCGUCCAGAACAGACACUCCAAGACCUUGUCAGGCCAAUACGACAGCACGCCAGGAAGUUUGCACUCGUACCUAGAUUCUCCUCUGUCUUCUCCUGGGACUGGAUUUCACCACGCCGGCAUCUCAGAAACACUUGGGUCUGGCCAACAUGCAUCAUUACCAGCCAAAGUCGAGAAUGGUCUUGGCACAAGCAUCCCACAACAAAAUGCCGACGAAAAGAAGAAGAGACGGCGCGCGUCACACAAUGCAGUCGAACGUCGGCGGCGUGACAACAUCAAUGAGCGGAUCCAGGAUCUGUCUCAUCUCGUGCCACAACAUCGCCUGGACGAUGACAAGGUGAAGAAGCAGCUCCAGAACAACGGCCCCAUGUCGCCUACCAUGGGAGCGACAAGCAUGAGUCCACCAACGGCAAGCAAUGCGGCCACGUCGAUUCUGGCAGGUGCCGGACGGCGUGCGGCCGGAAACAUCACGCUGGGUCUGCCCUUGGAUGACAAGGAAAAGGGCCCAAACAAGGGUGACAUCCUGAACGGGUCCGUCAGCUGGACACGAGACUUGAUGUGGGCUCUGUAUCAAAAGUACCAGCAAGACGACGAAUUAGCCCAAUACAUUUCCUCAAUAGGAGGUACCUGGCCCUUCCAAAUCACCGACGAAGAGCGACGAAUGCGGACUGAGGUCAUGGAUGCGAUGGAAAAGAAUGAUCCAUCGACGUUCAAUUAUUCCAGGGCCGACGGAAGUGGAUUGCGAGUCCCACGUCACACCAACCUUGCAGGCGACCGACUCACAAGUAAUUCCAGUCUCAGCCCACAGAGUAACUUCGAAUUAAGCCCCGGUUUCCACAGUGGUGGCAGUGGCGCCAACAGUGGUAGCAACGGAGCAGGACAAACACAGUACUGGCAUUCAGCCGGUCAUGGAGGAAUCAGUUUCAAGGAGGAAGACGAGUUUAUGGAGAUGAAUUGACGAGACGAGACGAGAUGAGAAUCAUUGAUGUGGCUGGUGAAUUGCAUCCUUAACCCCGAGAACCGGACCAGCGGUGAAGAUGGAGGCGGUAAUACGCCGCAACAAGGUUCAAAGGGCUAAGAUGACACGAGAUUUUCUAUAAGCACGAUGGAUGUUUCUUUUGACCGACAUGCCGUCUGGCUAUGUUGGCAUGUUGGGAUUUUGCUGGGACUGCGAUUGCUAUUGGCUUGGGAGUGGUCAAGUGGGAUUUAUGUUUGCCAUGAUUUUGUGCUGUGAUUGAUACCCCUUGCUUGUUUUCCCCCAUUUCCUCUUUUCCAAUUCAUGCCUGCUUCAAGAGAACAGUAUUGUAUGGAGUAGGUAGAUAAUUCUCUAGCAUACUAGGCUAAUGGAACCAGGAUUGACGAGACAGGGAAUUAAUCGAUGUGGGAUGAUUCUAUCGUUCAUUGUGCGUAUCGUAUACAAGAUU